AGCUGAUGAUAAUUCAUGGCUUCUUUUCACUCUCCUGCCGGCUGCAGGGAGGUGCAGAAAGCCGUGAACACUGCCCAGGGGCUCUUCCAGAGGUGGACAGAGCUCUUGCAAGAUCCCUCCAUCGCCACAAGAGAAGAAAUCGACUGGACCACUAAUGAGCUCAGGAACAACCUGCGGAGCAUCGAGUGGGACCUGGAAGACUUGGAUGAAACCAUUAGCAUUGUCGAGGCAAACCCGCGGAAAUUCAACCUUGAUGCCACGGAGCUGGGGAUCCGCAAAGCCUUCAUCACCAGCACACGGCAGGUGGUCAGGGACAUGAAGGAUCAGAUGUCAAACUCUUCCAUGCAAGCACUGGCUGAAAGAAAAAACAGGCAGGCACUCCUAGGAGAGAGUGGGAGUCAGAGUUGGAGCUCUGGACCUGACAAAUACAGCCGUCUGGACCGGGAGCUGCAAUUAGCAAAUUCACAUUUCAUCGAGGAGCAGCAAGCUCAACAACAGCUGAUUGUGGAGCAGCAGGAUGAGCAGUUGGAGCUGGUCUCUGGCAGCAUCGGGGUGCUGAAGAACAUGUCCCAGCGCAUUGGCGGGGAGCUGGAAGAGCAAGCAGUGAUGCUGGAUGACUUCUCCCACGAGUUAGACAGCACUCAGUCGCGCCUUGAUAACGUCAUGAAGAAACUCGCCAAAGUGUCUCACAUGACGAGUGAUCGACGGCAGUGGUGUGCAAUUGUUGUCCUCUUCGUCAUCUUGCUAGUGGUGCUCAUCCUGUUUUUUGUCCUGUGAUGACAAAAACUGAACUUCCUGGGACGCCCCCUCCCCGCCCCCUCGCCCCGGCAGCGCGGGGAAAUGAAACUCUCCCCGUUUCCGUCCGCCCACAGAGAUCCCCAGCUCUCACCAUCCUCCUCCAAGGACUGCGGCUCGGCUGCGCCGGCAUCUCCCCUGGCCCCGGGGCGAGGGGGUGGAGGGCUGGAGCCGCCUCCUCCCGUGCUGCGGUGCACUCUGGACCCGGGCUCCGGGUCUGGACCCACGGAGCUGGAGGGGGACCCGAGCCCCGCGCUUCCACGCGGUGCAGGUAGGAGCCGGUGGGAGGUGGACACAGAGCAGCGAGCCCUGGGGAGGAAUUACUGAAUUCACUGAGCAUUACAAACUGCAUUGCCAGUGCCAGCCCCAAGCAUUACUGGGAAGGGUGAAACCCUCCGAGCUACGGCAAGGGAGGGGAGCCCUGGCCCUGCUCCCCCUGCCCCUCCCUGCCUCCUGUGGGCGGGCUCUGUAGCACCAAUUCACUGCCAAGAGAGAGAGCACGAUGAGUCCUACCAGAGCUUUCCUACCCUCUGCAGUGGGCAGGGGGCAGAGCUGUAGGGUUUUUUGUCCUGCCAUCAGCCACCCAGGCCCCGUCAGACACCCCAGAGCUUCAGCCCUGGGGUGCUGCACACCGAACGCUGGCAAUCAGCCGUGAGCCAGAGAGGAAGAGUCUUGAAGCUUUUGAACUUGCCUCCCUCAUUAUACAGGCCUCUAAAGCUCGUUGACUGAUGCUUUCUUUGCCCUUGUAUAACUGAGUCACUGCUUCUGUUUAACAGCUGCUUCCCUUUGGCAAGUGAUUUGUCAGGUCUAAAAUAACUUAUUUUUUUUAAGAAAAAAAAAAACUUUAAAGAUUUUUUUGAUGAGCAUUAGAGCCAUGUUCUCUCUGUGGGUGCACAACACACAGGAUCAGAGGAACAGUGCUCAGUGGUGUAUUUUAAGUGUAUAUGAACUUGUAAAUAGGAUGUCUUAAUUUUUCCCAACCCCUAUUUUUUGGACACCUCUGUUGUAAGCAACCAAAAGGUGCAGGAGAUUCAUAGCUA